CGCGGCGGGGAGGGCGUGCGCCGGGCGAGAGGUGUCGGCGGUGAGGGAAGGGAAGUUUCAAGUGGAAGGUCGUCCGCCGGCCGGCGCGUCCUCCCGCUCUCCUCCGGCAGCAUCAUGGCGGAGCCGAGCGGCUCGCCGGUGCACGUCCAGCAGCCCCAGCAGACAGCCCCGGUGACAGCGGCGGCGGCGGCGGCCCCCGCGGCCGCGACAGCAGCGGCGGCCCCGGCAACGCCCGCGGCCCCGGCUCCGGCCCCGGCCCCGGCGGCGCAGGCCGUCGGCUGGCCCAUCUGCAGGGACGCGUACGAACUGCAGGAGGUUAUCGGCAGUGGAGCUACGGCCGUGGUUCAGGCUGCUCUCUGCAAGCCCAGGCAAGAGCGCGUGGCUAUAAAACGGAUCAACCUGGAAAAAUGCCAGACCAGUAUGGAUGAACUAUUAAAAGAAAUUCAAGCCAUGAGUCAGUGCAGCCAUCCCAAUGUAGUGACCUAUUACACCUCUUUUGUGGUAAAAGAUGAACUUUGGCUGGUCAUGAAAUUACUAAGUGGAGGCUCCAUGUUGGAUAUCAUAAAAUACAUCGUCAACAGAGGGGAGCAUAAGAAUGGAGUUCUGGAAGAGGCAAUAAUAGCAACAAUUCUUAAAGAGGUUUUGGAAGGCUUAGACUAUCUACACAGAAAUGGUCAGAUUCACAGGGAUUUGAAAGCCGGUAAUAUUCUUCUGGGUGAGGAUGGCUCGGUACAAAUAGCAGAUUUUGGGGUAAGUGCAUUCCUAGCAACAGGAGGUGAUGUUACCCGGAAUAAAGUAAGAAAAACAUUUGUUGGUACUCCAUGUUGGAUGGCCCCUGAAGUCAUGGAACAGGUGAGAGGCUAUGACUUCAAGGCUGACAUGUGGAGUUUUGGAAUAACUGCCAUUGAAUUAGCAACAGGAGCAGCACCUUAUCACAAAUACCCUCCUAUGAAAGUGUUAAUGCUGACUUUGCAAAAUGACCCACCCACUUUAGAAACAGGAGUAGAGGAUAAGGAAAUGAUGAAAAAAUACGGCAAGUCCUUUAGGAAAUUACUUUCACUGUGUCUUCAGAAAGACCCUUCGAAAAGGCCUACAGCCGCCGAGCUUUUAAAAUGCAAAUUCUUCCAGAAAGCCAAGAACAGAGAAUACCUGAUUGAGAAGCUGCUUACAAGGACCCCAGACAUAGCCCAAAGAGCCAAAAAGGUGAGAAGAGUUCCUGGGUCAAGCGGUCACCUUCAUAAAACCGAGGACGGUGACUGGGAGUGGAGUGACGACGAGAUGGACGAGAAAAGUGAAGAGGGGAAGGCAGCUUUUUCUCAAGAAAAGUCACGAAGAGUAAAAGAAGAAAACCCAGAGAUGGCGGUGAAUGCCAGCAGUAUACCCGAGCAGAUACAGUCCCUCUCAGUGCAGGACUCUCAGGGCCUACCCAAUGCCAGCGAAGACUAUAGAGAAGCUUCUUGCGCUGUGAACCUCGUUUUAAGAUUAAGAAACUCCAGAAAGGAACUUAAUGACAUACGGUUUGAGUUUACUCCAGGAAGAGAUACGGCAGAUGGCGUAUCUCAGGAGCUCUUCUCCGCUGGCUUGGUUGAUGGUCAUGAUGUAGUUAUAGUGGCUGCUAAUUUACAGAAGAUUGUAGAUGAUCCCAAAGCUUUAAAAACCUUGACAUUUAAGUUGGCUUCAGGCUGCGAUGGGUCGGAGAUUCCUGAUGAAGUGAAGCUGAUCGGGUUUGCUCAGCUGAGUGUCAGCUGAUGUAUGUCCCUUGACAUCUCCCUGAUCUGUCAUGCCCCUCACCUCACAACACUCCCCUCAAUCUUCUCUCCCCCACCCUGUCUCCCACCCCCUCACUCCCAGUCCCCACAAAAUCAGAAGAUUGUGAAGAGUCUGGCUUCAAUGAAAUGGGAUAAAAAAGAAUUUUUUUAAACUUACAACACUCCGAGUUCUGCUUUAUUCUCUAGCAAUCCACAGUAUGAGAACAAGCAAAUGCCACAGCUGCACGACAGUUGCUAAUUUUUCCAAAAGCUAUUUAAUAUUCUUAGCAAUCAAUUUGGAUAUCCCUUAAGUGAAAAGAAUCUGAAAUACACUCAGGUGGUCCUAUUUAUUGGCAACAAAAGGAAUUUUUUCUCUCAGAAGCCUAUUUCUUCUCUCAUUGUUCUUUCUGUUCUACUUUAAUUGUACAUCUGACAAUACUGCCUCUUUUAUGUUGUAUUUAGAAAUUAAUAUACUUAUAAAAUUAAGAUUUAUUAGCCAAACUUGAAUUCUAGUUUUAAAACUGACUGUGAAUUUUAUUUUUCAUAUAUUUAUGCAUUACACACCUUAGCUAUAAGAAGAAAAGUUUUUGAUUAUAUGCUUCUUGCAGUUAAUCUCUUGUUAUUUAAACAGAAAAUUUCAGGUCUAUCUUUGGAGUAUUUAUAACUUUUGAUUUUUGAAAUGACUGAAUUAGGAACUAGGAUGCUUAUUCUUUUGGUUUGUUUGCAGAAAAACCAAUCCACAAUCUGAUUGUCUCUUGGGAGAGGGUGCCUUGCAAACUUUCAUAUUAAGAAUGUGCCUGAGGCUGCUUUACUUUGGAAUAGUCUCAGAUCUAAAAUUUCCUCUACAUCAAGUGGCAUAUGUAAGUUUUGCUUCAUUGGAACGUAUAGAAUGCUAUAUAAAAUGUUGCCAUUCUAUUAGACUGCUCAUUAUGUACCCAUCUCUGAUUUGACUUCUCCUUAAAUGAUAGGAUUUGUUGUUCCAAAGGUGAUAAACUUGAAGCUACCAGAAUCUGAGUUUUACUUGAAAUUCUGCAGAAUACCCAGGUGGAGUGAAAAAUAGAAAGGGUUUUGUGCAAUGACUAAAAAGGUAAAAUGCUGUUAAGUUUCAAGAAUAAAUCCUUUUCAAUCCAAGUAGCCCUCUGCUUGACUGUGUAUUACGGAAUAGUAAACCUUAGGAUUUUCAAAAUUGGAGUCUAAACUUUCAGGGAGGUGGGCUCCCAGGACGGUACCAUUGCUCUUUCCUAGCUAACCCUAGAUACGGCAGCUCUUUAAUGUACUUUAAAAAGCAAAUAUAUAUUACUAAGGAAAGAAAAAGUUAUUUAUAAUUGCCUUGUCAUAAUUGUAAAGGUGUUCUAGAGCCAUUUGCAUACAAUUUAAUGUAAUUUCAUUCCAUUCUAUUGUUUACACAAUGAUUACUCAAAGAUGACUGCAAAGGUAAAAGGAAAAUAAAAGUGUAUUGCACAAA